GACCGCUCUUUCCCGGUUGGGGUUGACGUUAGUAGUUCAAUGACGCUGUGACAAGACAGGAAUCGAACGGAAGGUAAUCUGUUAGACUUGCUGUUUACGAGGUCGUUUUAAUCAUGUCUCGCAGAUAUGAUUCCCGGACGACCAUCUUCUCACCAGAAGGUCGUCUGUACCAGGUGGAAUAUGCCAUGGAGGCCAUUGGUCACGCUGGCACGUGCUUAGGCAUUCUGGCUAAUGACGGAGUCUUGCUGGCAGCGGAAAGGCGGAACAUUCACAAGCUGCUUGAUGAAGUCUUCUUCUCCGAGAAGAUCUACAAGCUAAAUGAGGAUAUGGCCUGCAGUGUUGCAGGAAUAACGUCGGACGCCAACGUGUUGACCAAUGAGCUCCGGCUAAUCGCACAAAGGUACUUGCUACAGUACCAGGAGCCAAUCCCGUGCGAGCAGCUGGUAACUGCUCUGUGUGACAUCAAGCAGGCCUACACACAGUUUGGAGGGAAGAGGCCUUUCGGAGUGUCUCUGCUCUACAUGGGGUGGGACAAGCACUACGGCUUUCAGCUGUACCAGAGUGACCCCAGCGGGAACUACGGCGGCUGGAAGGCCACCUGCAUCGGCAACAACAGCGCGGCAGCUGUGUCCAUGCUGAAGCAGGAUUUCAAAGAGGGGGAGAUGACGCUGUCGUCCGCCCUGGCUCUGGCCGUCAAAGUGCUGAACAAGACCAUGGAUGUGAGCAAGCUGUCUGCAGAGAAAGUGGAGAUCGCCACUUUGACCAGAGAGAACGGGAAGACCAGGAUUAAGGUCUUGAAACAGAAAGAGGUGGAGGAGCUGAUUAAGAAGCACGAAGCCGAGGAGGCCAAAGCAGAGAAGGACAAGAAGGAGAAGGAGCAGAAAGAAAAGGACAAGUGAGCCUCCCUCUGGUGUCCCUCCUCCCCUCUCAGGCAUCCCUAGCGUUUUGAACACACCACUUCAUCUGUAUGUCUUUCUUAUUAAAGGUUUAACACAACAUA